AUGACAGCCGGGCAUGUGUUCAACAUCAUGGCGCACAUUUGGGCGUUGUCAAAGGUGAGGCCAGUGAGAGGUCAAGUAUUGUUCCAACUGAACAAUAACGGAGAGAAGGACAUCAAUUCGAGGACAACGGAAAAUCUUUGUUCUGAUCGCCUUAUCUCUGCGCACAAGAACCUUGAUGGCCAAUUUUGUCAACUUCACUUCUCGACGUCGCCAACCCAUGACAACCUCCUAUUACUCGUCGAAAAAACUCGGGUGAAUCGAGCGGCGAUCUGUCGCUACUGGAAGUGGAUGGUGAAAUCCGCCGGGACGUACACGACCUCGCAAUUAUCCUCGCGUUCCGAGUCUUCACAGACGGGUAGGCGGCUUUGGCUUGGGAAGAGUAGGAAUCGGAGCGCUUGGUACAGUGGGAACUGGUUCGCCGUCCUCGGUGCGACAAGGAGGUUUAGGCCCGGGAAGGGUCGGGAUCGGGGCGCUGGGGACCGUAGGGAUAGGUCCACCGACCUCGCAGCGAGCAGGCGGCUUCGGCUUGGGAAGCGUUGGAAUGGGAGCGCUGGGAACGGUAGGGAUGGGCUCCCCGAAGGUGGUGCAGGUGACCAUGUUGAGCGUCGCCGUUUGAUCAGGCCACUUCUGGUGGUGUUAAUCGAUAUGCCGACUUCUCAUGAACGAAAUUGGAAGAGGUGGGAACACGAAGACGGCGCCAACAUGAGAGCGAGGGCCAAGCAGAGAUUGGGAAGCGAUUGCUAG